UCAGUUUUGACAUCAAUUUUCACACUUAAUUUAGAUUAUACUAGGAAAACAAAGUGAUUUAUAAAGUUGUUAAGUUUAUCAGAAAUCGAGUUUGGUCUUGUGGACGAACGUCGUUACCAACGAAGAUCGGGUAUUUUCAUCUUGUGUGGUGUGUAAGAUGGAAGUGUCAGUGUGUGGCGUUUGCGAUAAAAGUUGUUCUGGUGCCCACAAAUGUGUUGAAUGUGGAAUAAUAGUGCACGCAAUUUGUGGAAGGACUGUCGGCGAGGAAGGAUAUGGCUCUAAAGUCAUAUGUUUUAAAUGUGAAGGGCAACGACCAUCAACAUCAUCAGAAUGUCAGGACUCAAGUGUUUCUGGUCCUCCUCAAAAGAAAAAGGGUGGCGUGUACAAAAUAUUUAUGCCGAAAGAAUGGAAAAAAAUAACCGACGAGCCACCUACGAAACGUGCAAAAAAACGAGAUUUAAAGGAUCCCCGUUAUUGUUUAAAGUGUGGCAGAACUGUUUCUCGGCCAUAUGACUACGACUUGAAAAGACAUGUGGAUAUGCACCAUUCGAAAGACAGUGACUUUGAUAUCCGAAAACAGCUUCUACCUUUGGACCAUGAAUUGGUUGUAAAGGCAAUUAAGUCCAGAAGCUCGGAAGUACAAAGCCUCAAAUCCGAGUCACAUGUUACAGUUCCAGAGACUGUUCCACACAAAAAGGAUCAAGUGAUGAUCGAUGAUCCUCCACAACAUAAAACGUCGGGUAACGAAUCUUUGUUGCUGCAAGGGGUACUUGGAUCUACAAAACCUGAAUCACAAUCAAAAGAAACUUCUGAAUUUGGUAGUGGAAAGCAAAGGCAAAAAACAAUCCCGUUGGUUGCAAAGAAGAAAAAAGACGCUGAUGAAGGACUGAUUGAAAAAGAAACUUCAGAAGCCGGUGACACCAGCGGUCAAAUAAUUUUAUCGAGAGACGUCGGACAAACAAUUGUAAAGAAGUUAGACGAACUUCUCGAUAGAGGAAGGUUCGGCGAAACAACUUCUCAGCCUGAUGUAGACCAAGAAUUUCAAUUAGAGAAUUCGAAUUGGAUAAAGAAUUUGGAAAAUGCCAAUUGCCUCAUCCAGAUAAAAGAUUGCGGUUUCGACUUCCAAUCACAAGCAGAUGGAGGAAUCAUAAGGUGCAAUGUAUGUUUUCAAUACUUGAUGGCAAUAAGUAAGCUAAGGCUAGCACCCACUGGAAACAUUAACUUUGGAUGGGGACUUACAUAUAACAACGAAAAGAUUGCCAAACUUGUUGAAGGAAAAAAUCAAUUGUGGUAUUCACAAAAAAACGCGAUGUUGAAGCAUCUAAGAAAUUGUUGA